UCGCUGCGUUCCCAUCGGAAGCCCUCACCUCCAGCACGAUGUUCAGCAUCAGGCUGCUGCUACAGAAAGCCUUAAUUCUUCUGCACGUUACUGCGAGCGUUGUUGUCGGCAAAACACUCAUGAUGCUGUUCCCCAACGCCAUGAAAAGUCACAUCCUAAAACAAGGCGAGAAGAGCAGAAUGAACCAGAACCCGAAGUUCAGCUACGAAAACUGGGGCCCGACCUUUUUCAGCUUCCAGUAUUUACUCUUCGUGCUGAAGGUGAAGUGGAAGAGGCUGGAGGACGAAGCCUACGAGGGACGUCCUGCUCCCAACACGCCAGUGGUGACUUCCCAGGGGGACGUCCGGCUCCUCUUCGACUUCAUGCGAGGUAACCGACCUUUAAUCCUGAAUUUUGGAAGUUGCACCUGACCUUCAUUUAUGUUAAAAUUUGAUGAGUUCAACAAGCUCGUCAAAGAUUUCAGCUCCAUAGCAGAUUUCCUUAUCAUCUACAUCGAAGAAGCUCACGCAGCAGAUGGAUGGGCUUUCAAAAACAAUAUCGUUAUUAAAAAUCACAGAAGCCUUGAAGAUCGAAAAAUUGCAGCACAAUUUCUUCAGAAAAAUAAUCCUUUAUGUCCAGUGGUUUUAGACACUAUGGAAAACCUCAGCAGUUCGAAAUAUGCUGCACUGCCAGAAAGACUGUAUCUACUUCAAGAGGGGAAGGUUAUCUACAAGGGAGGAGUGGGGCCUUGGAACUAUCACCCCCAGGAAAUACGCACCAUCCUGGAAAAACUGAAAUAGAAAAAGAAAGAAGAGGACUUCAGAGUAAAGACUAGCUGGGUAAAAAAGCUCAGUAAGUUUUCAUGGACAUAACUGUUAAAAUUAAAAAAAAAGAAUUUAAAAAUAACAGAACACUUAGAGAGAGAGUAACAUGUGCAUCUAAAGAGCAUUUACAGUGUGGUUCAUCAUUUAGUUGUCUGGAGGUUUUCAAGUCUCAUUGGUACGACCUCGUCUAUCGCGUUGUAGUGUCUUACUGCACUUAUACCACAAGCAGUAACGAACAGUAGCUGAGCUAUUAGGACUGGAUAUCGACAUUUACAUUCCUAAGAAAUAUCAUGCAGGAUAAACCUCAGGGGUGGUGACAUUUGCAAAAGUCAACUGGCAUGAAAAACAACCAAUUUCACGUUAAUAAGUUUCUCUUGUACACAUCUGAUUUUCUUAAAUGUCCACUUCCACAGACUUCAGAAGGCUUCUGAAUAAGACAAUCUCUAUUAACAUUUGUUUCUAUUAAUAUUUGUUAUGACAGUCAUAGCUUAAAGCACAGACAGCUGUGACCUGAUUCUAGAAAAUAUUUACAGAAACAAAGGAUCGAUCUGCAAUUAUUAAAACACCAUCAGAGCAU